CACGUUCUCCAAGCGCAGACAGAUAGAAUGGAAAGCAAAAGGGACCAUCCGAGAAGCGGUAGCAAUGGAGACCUGACGGGAUGUAGAACAUGACCAACUACCCGGUGUGUCGCCAUGACUCUAAAAGGUUAUUGAAGCCGAACAAGGACAAUAAAAGGCUGGUUCUGUCUUGGGGGAUUUCCGAAGCUUUGACGACUGGGCUCGCGGACAGCUUCACAUGCGGAGGUAGCUCAGUAUGAGUCGAGAUGUGUGGACCAAGAAGAAAGCCAAUGCCAGCGAUGACAACGGUUGGGCUGAGAGGGGCGGCUACAUGGCUGCCAAGGUGUCAAAGUUGGAGGAGCAGUUCAAAAGCGAUGCCCCCAAGGAGAAACAGAGGGACAGUUCUUCCAAUAUUUUCUCUGGGGUGGCCAUCUACGUUAACGGCUACACAGAACCAAGUGCAGACGAGCUCCGCAGGUUGAUGAUGCUGCACGGCGGGCAGUUCCACGUUUACUACUCCCGCUCCAAGACCACCCAUAUAAUUGCCAACAAUUUGCCAAACAACAAAAUUCAGGAGCUGAAAGGGGAAAAAGUCAUCAAGCCCGGCUGGAUUACCGACAGCAUAAAAGCAGGGCAUCGCCUCCCUUACUUGCACUACCAACUGUAUGCCAAACACAAAGGGCCACUGUUUCCGGCUCUAAAGCAGCAUCAGACCUCAGAUAGCGCUGGACCCAGUCACAGUCAUCACAGUGUUCCUAAGCAAGACUCAUCUAACUCCAUUUCCCCCUCUCACAAGCAAGACUUUCACCAGAAGAGCCUCUCGCCGAACCCACAUCUUAUCACCUCCGCAUUCUCGCACACAGACCCUGAGCACAGCCACUUUAGUGUCGAACCCAGACACCGCAGCAGUUCCGAUUCCCACCACCCGCUAUUUAAAUCAAGCCCCUUAAAGCGCCCACAGUCGGGAGUGUUCUCACCUCAUACCCUCCAGCCACAGAGUGCAGACCGACAUGAACCUCAAGCUUUCUGCAGUACGCAUCAGAGGAGUCACAAGGAAGUGGAAAUAAGAGUUUUGUUAUCAACUUGCAGGAAUGGAUCCUUGCAGACCUCAGACUUGACACCCGAGUGCAUCAACGCCCCCUCGCCCCUCACCAAUGGCCAUGCUCAUCUUUUUAAUGGUGCCUUAAAAUCAAAGGACCUUUUUACAGACAAACAUUUUGUUUCCAAGGACCUGAGUAAAUGCAGAAUGGUGAGCCCCGAACAUAAAGACGCUUCCUUGAACAAACUAGACCCGUAUGAGUUCCCCAGCAGUCCUCCAAAACAGCCCGACCUGUCGCCCGUUUGUUUUGAGGAAUCGUGUUCGAAAGAUGCGCUCGAUUCAUCACAACAGACAUCGUGUCAAGUUGACUCAAGUCCUGAGAAAAUUCCUCAUUUGCCAACAUCUCAUCCACACAUUCCCGUGCGUCUGAACGGAAGUCACCAAAAUGCCUUCUCAUUCCACCCUGCCUUGGAAAGCAACUCAACCGACCGACCUCACCCCAGCACGGCGGCGUCUGGAUCUCCCAACGAGGCGGCCACUGCGGCUCAGCUGUCGGCGCAGACGGGCGGCCUGAUCUCAGAGUAUUACGCUCACUCGCGUUUACACCAGAUCUCCACAUGGAGGACGGGCUUCUCCGAGUACGUCAACGAACUGCACAACAAGCGGAAGGCGUCGGGCGGAGCCUCCUUUCCGGGCAAAGAGCGACUUCGGAAAUUGGUGGAGCAACGUACUUUUGGAAGCCCAGAUACACAGACACACUCUGCAGUUAAAUCUUGCAUCCUCCAUGUGGACAUGGAUUGUUUCUUUGUGUCUGUUGGGAUCCGACAUCGACCUGAACUCAAGGGUAAGCCCGUAGCUGUGACUAGUAACCGUGGGCAUAUGCGAGUGCCUUUAAGACCAGGGGCCAACCCACAGCUGGAGCAGCAGUACUACCAGAGGAAACACACUCUGGCUCCACCUGGGAAAGAGUUUGACGAUCUACAUGAUGAUGCUCCUCAAGAGUGUACAGAGGUCCAUGCUAACGGAGUGGACCAGGACGCUGCUCUUUCUAUGGCGGAGAUUGCAUCCUGUAGCUAUGCUGCAAGGCAGGCAGGUGUGAAGAACGGGAUGUUUUUUGGAAAAGCCAAACAGCUGUGCCCCAGCCUGCAGUCUGUCCCGUACGACUUUGACGCCUAUAAAGAGGUGGCCCUCACCAUGUACGAGACUUUGGCCAGUUACACCCAUGACAUCGAAGCCCUAAGCUGUGACGAAGUCCUACUGGACGCCUCUGCUCUCAUGGCCGAGUCGGGGGUCGACCCAGAGGAUCUGGCCGAAGCCAUCAGAGCAGACAUCAAGGAGAAAACGGGAUGCUGCGCUUCAAUUGGCAUGGGGUCCAAUAUCUUGUUGGCUAGGCUUUCCACGCGCAAAGCCAAGCCCGACGGGCAGUAUUUCUUAAAGUCAGAGCAUGUGGAUGAUUUUAUCCGGGACCUACUAGUGACCAGUUUACCAGGUGUGGGGCCUGUUAUGGGCAGAAAGCUGGCAGCUAUUGGGGUCAAGUCAUGCGGAGACCUCCGGAACGUUUCUCUGACUCAGCUGCAGAAGAAGUUUGGACCUCGAUCGGGACAGACGCUGUUCCGUUUCUGCAGGGGUCUCGAUGACCGACCCGUCCGCUACGAGAAGGAGAGGAAGUCCGUGUCGGCAGAGAUGAACUACAAUAUACGUUUUAAAAAGGUUGAUGAGGCGGAGUCGUUCCUAUCCAGCCUGUCCAUGGAGGUGGAGCGACGCCUACAAGAAGCCGGGCUGCAAGGUCGCAGAGUGACGCUCAAAGUCAUGGUCCGCAAAGAGGGCGCACCCCAGGAGACGGCGAAAUACGGCGGCCAUGGCAUCUGCGACAACUUUGCCAAGACAGUGAUGCUAGCACAGUCCACGGCCAGUGGCCAGCUGAUUGCAGCUACGGUCAUCAAGAUGUUCCACACUAUGAAGUUGCCAGCGCAGGACCUCCGAGGCCUCGGCAUCCAGGUCCAACUUCUCGAGGGAAGUCACUCCGCUCACAACAAUGUCAAUGGGCUUCGGACACGGUCCAUCAAAGAAAUGUUGCUCGGCCAUGCGUCCACCAGCAAAGAUGCUGGGGACGACAAAGAUCAGCCCCCUUCCCGACCUGUAGUACCUGGAACCGUUGAGCAUCCUCAGUCUCCUAAUGCGACAGUUCCAGGAACUAGCAAGGAACAUGAAGCAUGCAGACAAACGCCCAAACACCCCAGAACGCGUCUCGACGUCAGUAUCGAAAUCCCGUCACCUUCACAGGUGGAUCUAUCCGUGUUGGAAGCCCUGCCCGCAGAGCUGAGAUUACAAGUGGAACAGUCGUGGACUUGCAGAGAAGGCAAACAAAAAAACCACUGCCAUCCUGCCCGUCCACAACCUUUGAGUCCCAAGUCACGGCCGGUCUCCUCCACUUGUUCUCCUCCUGCACUGAACAACCACCCUGCACCGCCUGGAGCGCUUCUACUGCAGAUUCCAAACCAGCCGGGCAGUCCUGGAAUUGUUUUGGAGCUGCCUAACUACUCCCAGGUUGACCCAGAAGUUUUCGCCGCUCUCCCCAAAGAGCUCCAGGAGGAACUUAAGUCUGCCUACAACCGAGCUACUAAUAACCAGCCUCAGACAAAAAUAUUGGAGCAGAAGAAUGCCCUUUUGCAGCUGAAGCAGUCUGUAGGAGUCGGCAUCGGACGAGUGAAGCGGCGAUACAAGAGGAAGAACGCAGUAAGCCCUGCCAAAAAGGGCCCAUCGCCUCAAAAGAAGCCCCGCUUAAUGAACAGCCCUGCCAAAGCAGCACCUUUUACUAAACUAAAAGAGCCUAUGAAUGUAUUCAAGGGUGAAAAUGGUCCAUCCACAUCCUCCUCAAAGCAGGACCUCGAAGAGCCCUUGCCAAAAUGCAUCCUUCGCCCUCCUCCAGCAUUGGCCGGAGCUUCUGAGCUACCGGAUAUUAAGACACUCUUACGGGAAUGGGUGACCACCAUGACAGACCCCAUGGAAGAGGACAUUCUGCAGGUGGUGAAAUAUUGCACUGAUCUAAUAGAAGACAAGGAUCUGGAGAAGCUGGAUCUGAUCAUAAAAUACAUGAAGAGGAUCAUGCAGCAGUCGCUGGAGUCUGUGUGGAGUAUGGCCUUUGACUUCAUUGUGGACAAUGUGCAGGUGGUUGUGCAGCAAACCUACGGUAGCACCCUGAAGAUUGCAUGAAUAUCAACGUUUCCACUUUUUUCCGAAAUUUGAACUCUUCCGAUUCGGCCAACUGCUGGCUUCUGUAAGCUGCUUAGACGUCACAGCUUUCCUGUACAGCAUGAGCCAAGGAAGAAAUGCAAAAGCCACGAAUUUAUUUGAAGUUUGUACACAUGCAGCAUUUGUUUGUCUUUUAAAGACCAAGUCAACUGAAGGGCAGAACUGUUCGAGACUGGCUUUUGUAGGUCGUAUUCUUUCUCGGAAAUCAAUGGGGCCUCCAAAGUGGAACACAGUCCACCUUUGUCACAUAUCUAUCACAUAGGAUAUAGUGAAUUAGUUCCUUCUCUCCAUAAUUCCCACCCCUCCUUUUUUUUUUUUUUUUUAACCGCACAGUUAAUGUUUUAAGUAACAUUUUAACAUUCUUAACUGUCCUGCAAGUUAACUGCAAAAUAAAAAGUAAAACGACUCAUUGGAAGUGCCUGACACAUUUAUUGGAGGGAGGGCAGGAAGGUGCACGGCACUAUUUUCACCAAGUGGUGUUUGCUCAAAUUACAGUGGUGCCAUGACUCAAAGGUUGACUUCUUUCCAUGACUCAAAACACACUAGAGGGCACCCCCCCCCCCCCUAAGAAAAACAGCUGAGCUUUGUAAGUUCCUCUGUAUUUUACAAAUUGUGAAGGUACACGGCUUGUCCAAUGUAAGAUUUUUCUUUUCUCCUUUAAUAUAUCUGAUCAUAUCUGAUACUACUUUUUAAAAAAAGCAGAAAAAAACACUGCAAAACAUUUGACAUUUUACAUUUUUUGCAAAAAAAAAGUGCCAAAUCCUUGUCAUUAAAAUAUGUAAAAAAAAAAAAAGUUUUUCAAUGUACUUGUUUAAUGGAAGGGUUUACCUCUUGCAUUGUUUACAUUUAAUGAAUUCUUAGUAACUGCAAACUGGACCUUUUGGGUCUUUGGGGAAAAAGAGCACUUAAGAGGUUAACUGUUGAUUGUCACUCUUAUCAAUAUAAUACCUCUAAUUUUUUUUUUCUUUUGUGUUAUAUCGUGAAGAUGUCCCGUUGGACACAAGUUCGAUCUGAACAAUGUUACAUUUUUAACUUUAUAUUGUAAAUUUGUAUUGCAUGACAUUCAGCGCUCAUCAUUCAGAAAUGCUGUGCUUGGUUGGAGGAAAGAAAAGAAAAAAAAAACUAUAUAUGCAAAUCAAAUUAGUGUAAUAUUUCUGCAUAUGAAUGUUUGAGAAGUAUCUGUUCACUUUCCAAGUUGUUGCUUCUCAUGUUUUCCUCUCCUCCCCAUUGAUGUGAACGGGCCAACAUUUGUCUAUAAUUCUGGCUUGUGCCUGAAGACCUGAAGCUGUGAAAGUUUUCUAAAGCUUGAUAAUAAUAAUAAAAUGUUAACUUCUAA